AUGGCUGAGAGGCACCGGCCUGGGCAGCCUGCGGGUGCAAAGGUCCUGCCUACCAGUCUUGUACGCGACCACCGUGCCAAUCACUUGGUGUUUGGCCACCUCGGCCGUCUGACCUAUGUCUCUUCCAACAAUCACGACAACGGCCAUGAUGACGAUGUCGACGCCGAAGACAGAAAGGCAGCCAUUGGCAAGCUGCUAACGAACCGGUUUCCCAGAUCAGUGCACACAUUUCAAGAAGUUGCUCGUUUCCAGCAGUGGUAUCCGCCAACGGCGGUAGACACCUCUAGUAUCCGGACAGCGCCAAAUUCGUAUCUGAACAAGCUUCUUGUCGAUGCCCCCGAGGCUCUGGAAGGAAUGGCGGGGCCGCUGUAUGCCGGUUUUCUCCAGGAGGCUCUGGAAUCUGAGCUCUACCAGUCGCCUCGGACAAGACUGCCGCUUCUCUCGUAUGGCGAGAUCACAGACAUGAGCGGCCGCGAACCUGUCGCCCGCCCUGCACUGGCCAUGCCCACGGGCCAGUCGGGCCAUGCCCUGCGCAUCGUGCAGGCCCAGGCGGAGGACUGGGGCUGGAGCACCGACGGAAGCGCAACAAUGAGGCUGACCAACAUCGAUCCCGAGGACGAAGGCCACUGGUGCGACAACGCCCUGACGAUCAACCAGAUAAAGUUCACCGCGGGCAGCACCUACUACGUCCAUGGGAAAAACAACAAUGCAAAGCGGCCGCUGAGGUGGAUUCUCGUCCAGACAGCGGCCGAGACCAUCAUCUUCCAGCCGACGCUGCACGGCGUCCCCGUCCAGAAUAAGCAUUGUGCUUGCGAUGACGAUGUGCGCGGCCUGACGUACAUUACAGCGGACCCGUUUAUCCGCAUUCCGACUAGUAAGACCGGUGGCCGCGCCCACUGCGACGUGGCAUUCAACCCGGCCACCGAGACGAAUCCGCCGCAGAUUGCCAUUAUCGACGAGGGCGGACAGUGGACAAUUUGGAACAUCACGGGCAGCAGACAUACACGCAAAACGGGUUUGCUGCCGUUUUUGCACGCAAGGGGCACCGUUUCUCAUGGUCCUGCUGGAGGGCCGCCGGUUGUCGCUCAAGAUCUUGGUCAUCUGCACAGAAUUCUUUGGCUGCCGAAAAUCGACGAGGAUGCGCCCCAGUCAAACACGCUCCUGGUCAGCAAUGCAACGUCUGUCAGUAUUACCGCCGUCGAAAAGCCGGACGGUGUCUUGCGCACGUUCAACGCAGUGCACAGUAUCGGUGUGGAUAUUGUCCUCGAUAUCCAGGUGUCGCCAGUCAACACGGCCCAUGUUUUUGUCUUGACGACGACCAAUGUCUUUUGGCUCGACCUCUCACCCCUUCAAGCUGCACGAGCGUCGAGAGUCUCGUCGACGCUAUCAAAGACGUCAAAAUCGCCAAAGCUGACGCAGCCUCUCCUCCUACUUUCCUGCCCCCAUUUGCGAGGACCAGACGAUAAAACGUUAAAGAUAUCUGUGGCCAAGGCCGAGUCGUAUCAGGGCAACGAUGUGGCAGUCACACUGGUAUAUUCUAUGAAGCACCCCGAGGUAGCCGUUUUCUGGUUUCAGCAGUCCUCGGAUGGAGAGGAGUCGACAUUCCAGCAACAGGUCUUUCAGCUGGCCCGUCCACCCUUUGGGCCGCAUGGCGACAAGACAAAAUCCCGCCUUCUCGGCCAGCAGACGAUGGUUUUGCUCCCUAAAACCGUCCAAAUACGCGGGACCAACCCGAAACACAUUGGACCGAUCGGAUGCGAAUACGCACAGAAGGGCGUGACUGUUUUGCAGAUACUGACACUGGGUGCCGACCUGAGUCUCUGGUCGUCUCUCUGUCCUUUGAUCGGCCAGAAUGGCCAGCGGGGACUGGCCGCAGGGAGCGCUUCUUACAUGGGCGGCCGCUCUGGCCGACCCGUCGAGGUGUAUAACAUGGCUCGACUCUUCAAUCUCCUGAACAGACACAUGGACAAAGCUGCAAAGUCGGCUUACGAGGCGACCGACAUGGUCCGGGGGUUUCAGAACCCAUCGCCGCUGGACAUUAUUCGGCAGAUUCUCGACAUUGCCACUGAGCAUGGAGGCUUUGCCUACACGACAUUGCUCAAUAUUUCCAACUACGACUACAUCCUAGAGUACGGGGCUGAUCUCACCGAUUACUCUUGGACGCGGCAGCUCGCAGACGUCGAGAUUGGGCCGAUUGAAGAUAGCCGCGUGUCCAUUUCGAACCAGUUGCCAGAAGGAGACGUCCGAAACGGCGGCGCAUCGACCCUGUACGACACAAUGGCAGGGCUCUGCCUGAUUGACAAGGUGGGUGACGGCCAGGGUCAUAACAGUGCCGAUGCACGCCGUCAGGGUCUUUUGGCCUUUGCGACUGUGCAGCUGUUCUUCUCGCAGAUCAGCAUGGUCGUUAUGCCACGCCAGAUGGCCAUGGCCGGCAGCGCGAGAACCACGCCAGGGUUUGAGGACGGCGGACUCAGCUCCGCUUCAACGCCCUACUCGGCUCACUUUCCCCGGUCCGACGCCGAGUCGCGCUUCCGCAACCACUUUCUUCCGUCGUCGCCGGCGCUGUCACAGCUGCGGGAACCACCGUCGUCUGCUCGCGGCGGAAUUCCAGCCUGGCUCCCGUCUUCGUCGCAAGACGACGGUAGAGGCAGUGGCGGUGGCAGCGGCGGCGGUGUUGGUGGUAUCCUACCAUCACUCGAGGGUGGCGACGAGGCGGAGGCGGACAGCAAUGGGCAAGCGCCGAUGGAGGAGGCGCAAGAAGAUCCUGUUGUGGCACGCUUGCGUCAGUACGCCAAGUCCAUUCGGUCGGAGCCGGCACGCAAAGAAGGCGAGCUGCGCUUGUUGUCGCACUGGCAGCUCGGCAGCGACCCAGAGCAGUUCCAGUGGGUGCCCUUGGGAGCGGCAGGUGAGGCCGAGGAAGAGUUACGCCGCCGGGCGCAAGAGGCCCAGGAGCGGCGGCGCAGGCGGAUGGAAAAACGGGCCAUGCGGGACCGCGACCGGUUGCUGAUGUUAGGCGGCGGUCUGGGAGGAAGCAGCAUGUCGUCGCCCGCCGUGCCGCGCAUUCAGCCUAGCAGCCAGAUUUUGCCAAGCCAGAUCGUGUCGAGCCAGGUCAUUCCCGGCCAGAGCCAGAGCCAGAUGCACCACACCAUAAUGUCGGGCCGGGUGCUGCCGUCGUCGCAGCCUACCAUCCACAGAGGAGGACCGUUGAGUCAGCGGCCCAAGAAAAAGAAAAAGCCCAAAGUGGCACGCGGGUUCAAGUGA